AAAAUCGAAAUUAUUGACAAAAAAAAAAUCCUUCGACCAGGCACUAGUAUUUAUGUUUUUCAAAAUCAGUAUACAUUGUUUUGAAAUCUUCCAAGCGGGUUUUAAGUUACGGUGAUCACCAGUUCAAAAACAUAGUUUUGAGUAAAACGCAUUUAAAGUUUUGCUAUUGAUAUCCGGAGCGCCCGAGCGCCCAUUGUUAAUUAUUCAAUAACUGGAAAAGUAUUUGUCGGAUUCACUUCAAAUUUUCACACAAUAUUUUUAAGAUAUUAGUGGUACUCAUGUAAUGUUGCAAACAUAUGGCAUUUAUUGCAAACUUCGCAAGGUGGCAAAGUCGCAAAUCAGCUGUUCAUUUUUACAUGCAAUUAGGUUUGCGAUAUAAUGGCAAACUUUGCUAGACUAUUUUCAGUGGCAUCCGUGGCAAUUUGUCGCAAAUCAUUAUCAGCUGUUAAGCAUAAACGCGCGAUUCGCUAUUUGCUUUGAAAUGGAAGACAAAACACGAUUACGCAUUAAUGGCACUUUUCGGUGGAGUGAACAGCAAACCAGAGAUUUGCUUACGAUUGUCUUUGAGAAUGUGAAGGAUCUUCCGGAACAAUUUGAGAAAGCAACUGCUCAAAAAUUUUACGAUCGCAUUAAGCAAAAUUCGCCAAUUUUAUGCACAACCAAAUGGGAUAAUAUGCGCACAAAAAUGAGACACCUUAAAACCAGUUUUAUGGCCGCGGUCAAGUGGAAAAGCCAAACGAGCGCAGGAUUGCUUGAGAAUGGAGAUGUAAUCAGUGUAGAAGAAUACAUCAAAAACACUUGUCCAUUUUAUGAUGACCUACACGCAAUUUUUGCACGGCGCAUCAAUAUCCAGCCACCAGCAAUCUAUCAGUCUUCAGAGCCAGUGUUGUCCUUGGAGAAUAAUGAAGAGGAAGUGUUAUUAGAAAUUGAUUGCGAAACAUCUACGAGUUUGCCUGAAAGUCCAUUAGUGAGUCAAUCUGUUUUAAUUUCUCCAACAUUUCCUGAGGAUUAAGUCAGUCCGCCUUGUUCAUUGGCAUCAGAUAUUCGCACACAAAACAAUACAACGACAACAAAAACGAUUACGAAAAGGACUAACUUAUAAAAUUAUUGCCAGUGCUCAUUAAACAGUAGUGGCAACUUUGAAACUUUGCGAUUAUUACAUAGAUGCCACAUUAAAAGAGUACCACUAUUAUAUUUUAAGAAAAUGCUAAAGAAAUACAAUUUUUUGAGAAUUCUGACUAUUCUUAACCCCUUAUGUGAUAUGCAAUAAAAAAAAACACCAGUCUAACGGUUAGACGCGAUAGAAGUGAAACCUUCCGUAAAACAAACUGAGAGAGAAUAAGACGAAAGCAGCAUUAGGAGCAAGAUAAUUAUAGGUUCAUUAUAAUAUUGCUAUAAAGUUCAUAUUUUAUUUUCUUCAUUUUAUUAUUAU